UACUACUACUAAUCUCGGCUCAACGACCACUGGUCGGCGGUUUCUUUCUCCCAUUGUUUUACUGACGCCGAACAACGCAUACCGGGAACGAAGUCACAACAACAUACACAGUACAAUCUUAGAGCAACGCUUUAGUGAACGCUUAAGCUGAUAAUUCUGUUUGUUGUUGGUUUAAGGAGCAGUUAAACGCGAGAAGGUCUCCUGAGUCGACAUUGCUCAGCAGGAACCGAAUCGAGGCUACUUAGUAUUGCUGACCAAGUGCGUGAGCCGCCGUACUUUGUACUAAGCUUUUUUUUCUAUACCACGUGACGCAAGCCCAGGGAAAAUGGUCUCCAGUGUUGAUAUGAGCCUAGAAGACAUCAUUAAAACAAACAAAAUCCGGCCUGGUAAUAGAAGAGGCGGUGGAAGUGGUGCUGGAAGGAGAGGAGCACGACAAGGCCAACGUGCUGGUGGUGGUGGCGGCGGCGCUCCCGCUGUUCGUCGAGGUGGUGGUAGCCGUCCUACUUUUUCCUCCUCCUCCUCCUCUUCCUCCAGCGCUCCCAGGGGCAAUAUUGAUGGCAAAUGGAGUCAUGACUUGUUUCAAGGACCAGGGCCGAAGUCAGGUCCAGUAAAAUUAGUUCUUUCCAACUUAGACUUCGGUGUGUCAGAUACUGAUAUCCACGAGCUUUUUUCGGAGUUUGGCCCCCUAAGAAGUGCAGCCAUUCACUAUGACAGAUCUGGCAGAAGUCUGGGAACAGGACAUGUCACUUUUGAUCGAAAUUCAGAUGCUGUUAGAGCUCAGCGUAAAUACAAUGGCGUACGUCUGGAUGGACGCACCAUGAAAAUAACUGUUGAGGGUGGCGCAGAGGGUGGUGCUAAGAGAAGUGAUGUAGGCCCUGUAAAGAGAUUAGGACAAGGACCCCGAUCUUUUGGAGGUGGAUCCCGACUAUCUGGUGGUAAUGCAGGUAACAGAAAUACCAGAGGGGGACGAGGAAGACGAAGAGGGACAGGAGGCCGUGAGAAGACCAAAGUACCCACAGCUGAAGAAUUAGAUGCAGAGCUCGAUGCUUAUGUUAACCAGGUCACCAAGUAAGAUGAUGAAUAGUCAGCUGUAAGAAGAAUUGACUUACUGCGGGGGCAUGCAAGUAUAGAGAGAGGGAGGUUGGUCUGUGCAUAGUCCACACAUACCAUGUAAUGUUACAGUAAAUUUUUCCUAUUUUUGUGAUAUUAAAUAUUUUUACUUUCAAGAAACCUUAGUAUGUCUUAUUGUAUUUUGAAAAUUCUCACAUAUGUUUAAUUUUUUGUGCUAUUAUGUCUACUAGUACAUGGUGUAAUUACUUUUUUCAUCCUGAAGUACAAUUAAGUUCAUAGGAAAUCACAAAUUAUUAAAAGUUUUGUUAAUAAAAUGAGAGUAAUA